AUGUCUGCUGCUAGUGAAUCUAAACAAUCAGCUGAGGUCCUUGAACAGCUUUUUGAGAAGCUCUCCGUGGCAGUGCCGGAGGAGCGUGACACCGCUGCUGCUAACGUUUCUUCGUUUUUGAAUGGUUCUAUUAUUGAACACGAUGUUCCAUUCGAAUUCUUCAAAGAGUUGAAGAAGACCAUCAAGAACAAGAAGAACACAAACGGUCAACUGAAUGCCUUGGAGGCCAUUGCUCACAUUGCAUCUGAUACCAACCUGUCUCCUUCUGUUGAGCCAUACAUCGUUGACCUGACUGAGGAGAUUUCCAUCUUGGCUGGUGACAAGAACAAGGAAGUCCAAGAGGUUGCCGCUAAGGCUUUGCUUGCCGUAUCGCAGAGUAUCACUCCUGUCGCUAUCAAAGUCAUUCUUCCAAUUUUGACUCAAAGAUUGGCCGAGACCGCCAAGUGGACUGAGAAGGUCGCCAUUUUGGAUGCUAUCACCUCUUUUGUUGACACUUCCAAAGACCAAUUGGCUCUUAGAAUGCCUGAGUUGGUUCCAGUUUUGUCUGAGGCCAUGUGGGACACCAAGAAGGAGGUUAAGGCCGCCGCCACCGCCACUAUCACUGCUGCCACUGCUACCGUCGUCAACAAGGAUAUUGAACCUUUCAUUCCAAAGUUGAUUGAGUCCAUCGCUAAGCCAACCGAGGUCCCAGAAACUGUCCACACCCUGGGUGCUACUACAUUCGUUUCUGAGGUUACCACUGCUGCUUUGUCUAUCAUGGUUCCUUUGCUUUCAAGAGGUCUUGCUGAGCGUGACACUUCCAUCAAGCGUAAGGCUGCCGUCAUUGUCGACAACAUGUGUAAAUUGGUCGACGACCCACAAGUUGUUGCUCCAUUCAUGGAGAAGCUGUUACCUGCUCUGAAGGCCAACUUCCAAACUAUUGCCGACCCUGAAGCUCGUGAUGUUACCCAAAGAGCUCUCAACACUUUGAGAAGAGUCGGUGCUGUUGGUGCUGAUGAUGCCAUUCCAGAGGUUUCCACCGCUGGUGACGUCCAAGUGACUUUGGAGAUCUUGAACUUCUUGACCAAAGACAACAAGAUUGCCCCAAGAUUCGACAUUGCCAAGACUUACAUUGCCGCCAUUGCUGGUGACUUGGUUGACGAGAGAUUGAUCGACCCAGAGACUUGGAUGCAAAACCUGACUCCUUUCCUGACCAUCUUCUUGCACGAGAAGCAAUCCAAGGAGCUUGUUGAAGAAUACAGAAAGAGAUCUGUCGACAACAUCCCACAACCUCCUUCCUUUGAGGAUGAGGACGAUGAAGGUGAAGAUCUAUGUAACUGUGAGUUCUCCCUGGCUUACGGUGCUAAGAUCUUGCUGAACAAGACUCAAUUCCGUUUGAAGAGAGCUAGACGUUAUGGUCUCUGUGGUCCUAACGGUGCUGGUAAGUCAACUUUGAUGAGAGCUAUUGCCAACGGUCAAGUUGAGGGCUUCCCAUCUCAAGAUGAAUGUAGAACUGUCUACGUCGAGCACGACAUCGAUGGUUCUGAAGCCGACACCUCCACUGUUGACUUCAUUUACGGAGACGGAUCUCUUGGUACUAAAGAAGAGAUUAUUGCUAAACUUAAGGAGUUCUCCUUCUCUGACAGCAUGAUUGCUGGUCCUAUCCAAUCCCUGUCUGGUGGUUGGAAGAUGAAGCUGGCUUUGGCUAGAGCCGUUCUUAGAAAUGCUGACAUUCUGUUGCUAGAUGAACCAACUAACCAUUUGGACACUGUCAACGUUGCUUGGUUGGUCAACUACUUGAAUACUUGUGGAAUUACAUCCAUCAUUGUCUCCCAUGACUCUGGUUUCCUGGACAAGGUUGUUCAAUACAUCAUCCACUACGAAGGUUUCAAGCUGAGAAAGUACAAGGGUAACUUAUCCGAGUUCGUCAAGCGUGUUCCUUCCGCCAAGUCCUACUACGAGUUGGGUGCUUCUGAAUUGGAGUUCAAGUUCCCAGAACCAGGUUUCUUGGAGGGUGUUAAGACCAAGCAGAAAGCUAUUGUUAAAGUUUCCAACAUGACUUUCCAAUAUCCAGGUACUGAAAAGCCACAGAUUAGAGACAUCAACUUCCAAUGUUCGUUGUCUUCAAGAAUUGCCGUCAUUGGUCCUAACGGUGCCGGUAAGUCCACUCUGAUCAACGUCCUGACUGGUGAGCUGUUGCCAACAAUCGGUGAAGUCUACGUUCACGAGAACUGCCGUAUCGCUUACAUUAAGCAACACGCUUUUGCCCACAUUGACUCCCACUUAGACAAGACUCCUUCCGAGUACAUUCAAUGGAGAUUCCAAACCGGUGAGGACCGUGAGACCAUGGACCGUGCAUCUAGACAAAUCAACGAGAACGAUGAGGAGGCUAUGAACAAGAUCUUCAAGAUCGAUGGUACUCCAAGAAGAAUCGCUGAAAUCCACUCCAGAAGAAAGUUCAAGAACUCUUACGAGUACGAGUGUUCGUUCUUGCUGGGUGAGAACAUUGGUAUGAAGUCUGAGAGAUGGGUUCCAAUGAUGUCUGUUGACAACGCUUGGUUGCCAAGAGGAGAGUUGGUGGAGUCCCACUCCAAGAUGGUUGCUGAGGUCGAUAUGAAGGAGGCUUUGGCUUCUGGUCAAUUCCGUCCUUUGACCAGAAAGGAAAUCGAGGAGCACUGUUCCAUGUUGGGUCUGGAUGCUGAGUUGGUUUCUCACUCCCGUAUCAGAGGUCUGUCUGGUGGUCAAAAGGUCAAGUUGGUCUUGGCUGCUUGUACCUGGCAAAGACCCCACCUGAUCGUCUUGGACGAGCCUACCAACUAUUUGGACAGAGACUCCCUGGGAGCUUUGUCUAAGGCUUUGAAGGCUUUCGAGGGUGGUAUCAUCAUCAUUACCCACUCUGCCGAGUUCACUAAGGACUUGACUGAGGAAGUCUGGGCUGUCUUGGACGGUACCAUGACUCCAUCGGGUCACAACUGGGUCCAAGGUCAAGGUGCUGGUCCUCGUCUUGAAAAGAAGGAGAACGAGGAAGACCAAUUCGAUGCUAUGGGUAACAAGAUCGCUGCUGUCAAGAAGAAGGUUAAGUUAUCAUCUGCUGAGCUGAGAAAGAAGAAGAAGGAGAGAAUGAAGAAGAAGAAGGCUCUUGGUGAUGCUUACGUUUCCUCCGAUGAGGAGUUUUAG